CUAAACUCCAUCAGUUUCACUUGAGCUGUCGCCGUGAUUGGCACCGACUUUUUUGGGUGCAAUGUGCUGUGAUAUUAUAUUCAACUAGUAGGUUUUAACAGAUAUAUAAAGUAUUUUAACGACAACGACAGCACAAGAAGUGAUCAUGUCCGUACUAAGGUUGUGCAUUUUGGGGUCUUUAUUGGGGUGCUGCAUUGGAUACGCUAUUGGCAAACCGUCAGCUCAAUACUACGACCUCCAGCCAUAUACCUACCAAUGGCCACCGCCACAUUAUUUACCUGAUAGCUACUACUAUUACUAUCCUAAUUACUACUAUUACCCCAACUAUUACCCGCAACCCAGCCAACCUGAUCUGCAAAAACCGAAUCCGGAACAAUGUCCACCAUACGAAGCCCAAAAACUUCUCCAAGUCUAUCGUGUUAUUCGGGUGAUAGAUUUGUUCCGGUCACCUCCCAAGAAUCCCGAUAAAAUCACGUCACUUGACCUGCUAGUGGAACAGUUAACCAAGGAAGCACUGCAGGAGCAGCUCAUUGAAGUGGUUUCCCACUUCGAUGGGUACGAUGAGGUUGCCGAACUGGAACGAGGUUCACCGGAAGUAGACAUAUUUGUCGAUGACAUCGCUCGGCUGUUGCUGGCAAUCCAACGGGCACUGAAUGCGUUAAAUUUGGAUGAACACGUUGAAGAUCUUCACCGACAUCAGUAUCCUCGAAGACAUGGAUGCUGUAAAUUACAUGAAGCGCUCUGUGGUAAGCUGCGUAAGCUUCGGGAUCUUGCAAAUGCGUUGACUUUGGAGCAAGUCGAGAAGGAACUGGUGUACGGAAUUAAGGCUGCGGCAAAACAAGAAGUGGAUUCGGAUGCUCUAGAGGAUUUGGAAGAAGAACUGGAGAACAGAUCAUUAGACCUGGAUGAGGUAGAUACGAACUUGCCAGUAAUUGAAGAUAAUCGAGAGAUGAAGUCCAAAGAGGGCCAGUUUGAGGAGGCAACACUGGAUGAUCUAGCCAUAGCCUUAGAGAUUUACUUACAACAGCAAAAGAUGCUCGAGGUUCAACAGCAGAAGAGUGAGAAAGAGACCGAAUCCAUUACUUCGACAACAACCGUUUCACCUGUCAGCACAACAGUAGAAGGAUCAUGGUUUGGUAACUUGUUCGGAAAGGGUGACCUCUCGCCAGAUAAUCGAACUGUCAUCGAAGUUGAACCGACAACAGAUCGCAGUGCACAGAACGCGUGGGUUCACGAAGAAGUCGUGGGAAAACACGACUUUGAAAUUGAUAAACGAAUCCAAGCCCCAUCAAACAGUGAUCCUUCGAGUACGAUAUCUGCUGUAACUCAUUCGGUUCCGUUGUGGUUAGUGAAGACCUCCGAACAGCCUGAGAAAAAAGGCACAUUCGAAAUGGAUCCAUCACAAAGCCGAAUUAUCUGGAUAAGUCGUCAUAAAGAAUCGGAUUCUGAUUUCUCGACCCGGCAAGAAGAGGAAUUGCUUAGAGAGCUUCCAGAAAGCAGACAGGAGGCAGAAGAAGAAACAAAAACGAAAACCGACGCUAAAAUGGAACAACCACAUGCCUCAGAAGCCGUAACCGAAAAAGCAAACUCGCAAAGCAUCAUCAACGCCAACGAAUCAUUGCCGUCCACUUUGAAAACGACUUCAUCAAAACCCGCUAUGAAACUAUUCAUCAAAGAGCAAAUUUUUAACGUCCUGAAAUUGCUGGAGGAUGCAGAAGGGUUCACUGAGUUAAAAGAGCGCAUUUCUAACCCGGAUGUGGACCGAUUGGCGGAAAGUUUAAGCGGCGAUGAAGCUGGCAUUAAGUGGACCGAUUUCCUAAGUGCUCUUCAAAACCUUGUUGCGGAAAAGCAGUUGCACAGUGGUGACAAAAUUCGACAGGUUUUAGAAAAUUGGAAGACAGGAUCCAAAGGUCAACUGGACAAUGGAUACUUCAACAGGACGUACGAAGCAGGGUACGACAUAGAAGCCCGUCAACUGGUAGAUGACGAAGGAGCUGAGCUAAUAUCGAUUCCAGAGGAGGAGAAUAUUGGCGAACAAGCAGAACCGGUGCCUGAACCAACGCCUAAACCAUUCGUCGACGAGGUGGAUAAUUUCUUUGGCGGCUCCUACGUUUCAAACAAUGAUACCUCAAUUGAAAGUCUAAUGCUCAACAUAACAAAAGAGCAAGCCUCCAGUAACACUAGUUCUGAUGCCGAGGAUAAAAGUCCACGUAUUAUCAACGUGGAUAAAACAGAACAAGUGAGCUCUUCAACGCAGAUAUUGCCAACAGCUGAAGUCGCCAACUCGGAAACUAUCGAGCUGGGAGAAGAAAGUACAGAAAAACUGGAAGAUACAACGCCUCAGUCGACUCCUCUCAAUGAAAUGAAAUCUGAGACGUUGGAGAGAUGAAGGUAUAACGAAAACUCUGAAUGGGGCAGAUCUAUAACCGACAAGUAAAAUAAUUAUGUAGUGUAAAAAGUUAAUAAAGACGACAACAGUUAUUGUUAAAUGAAAAA